UUCCAUUUCUUUAUCGUCCAUCUUAAAGUAAAAAAAUUAUUAAUUAUUAAUAUUAUUAUUUAUUAUUAAUUAUCUACAUAAUAGGUAAUUAUUUACAAUUUACGGUAGAUACUAUUUAAGUAGUAACUGCAUACUAUACCUAGUACCUAUUUACUUUUCCUCGUGCUUUCAAAACCAGUGUAUAGAGAAAACUUGACAAUCAAUAAAAUUCGUGAAUUUCAGUUUAAAUUUAAAAUGGAUGUCUUUAUGAUAAUACAAAGAAAAAAUCAAACCAUAUUUCUAGAUGCUAAAGACAACAUAUUGGUUAAUAAACUCAAAAACAAGAUUGGAAGUAUCAUAAAAGUAGUACCGUCAAGUCUACAACUUUACUACAAAGAUAAAAUUAUGGAUGGCACAAAAACUUUGUCAAAUUGUGGUUUGAAUUCUAUUACUGCUGAGGCAUUAAAUCCAGCUACUAUUGGUUUAACACUGAAGUUGGAUAAUGAAGAAUUUGAACCAUUGGAAAUAGUACCAUAUCCAUGACAUGAAAACCAUAAAACUACUAUCCAACAAACACCCAUUAAAACUGCAUUCACUAAAUAACAUGUUUCAAAAUAGAUUUUUUUUAAUCGUUAACGAGCAAGUGAAAAUAGAAUGUCAUGCUAAAUAUUUUUUUUAUUAUAUAACCUUAUUUUUUAUUUUGCUUAUAAUCAAUUAACAUGUCAUAAAUAAUAA